AUGAUAAACUCAUCACCUCAUAUGAAAUUGGAUAAGCCUUAUACAUAUAGUCCAUUAUAUAAAAACUAAUAUACAUAAGGUAUAGACAAUAAUGCUUCCAUUAAAAAUUCCUUUAUUACUAAAAGUAUUAAAGAGAAUAGAUAAAAUAUGGAUUCAUAAUAAUUUAAUGAAGAAUUAGUAUAUUACAAGAAUAAAAGUGCAGACCUUGAAAUUUAUGCUUAAUAAUUGAAAAAUGAAUUAGAUGCAAUAAUGAUAAGAAUUAGUCAAUCAGGUGAUGUAAAUGAUAAGACUGAUUUCAAAUUUCAAUAGAAUCAAUUACUUAAUUAAGAUUUAGAUAAACUAUAAAAAAGUUAUGCAUAAAAGAAGAUGGAAUGUGAUUUGUGGAAAUCUAAAUAUGAGCAAUAAAUUAAUGGCUCAGUAUAAUGUAUAAUAUAUUAAUAAUAAUAUCAUAGUAAAAGCAUAAUAUGAGUUAGAGUUGAAGAAAUUGAGCAAUCAGUUAAAGUUAUUAGAGGAAAGAAAUAAUGUUCUAGAAAAAGAGAGAUAACAAGAGGUUGAAGUUACAAAAACCUCAUUUUCAAGUAUAAUUUAUAAUAAAGAUUUAGUAUAAAAUGAGCAGCAAAAGCAUAAUUAUCUAACAUAAAUAGAUUUAUUAUAGAAUCAAAUAAGAAAACUGAGAGAGUAUACUGAUAUGAGAGAUAAAGAAAUGGACAUUUUGGAGAUAAAAUUUAAUUAAAUUUUAGAAGAAAAAGAAUAUUUUGAAAAUGAAUUACUGAAAGAAAAUGAUAUUUUAAGAAAUAGAUUAUAAGAUUAAGAAAGGGAAUUUUCAAUAGAUAUAAUUAAUUUGAGACAAAAAUAAGAUAUUAUAAAUUAAGGAUAAAUUGAAAUUCUAAAACAAUAAUAUAAAACAUAAACAGAUAUUUUGGAUUUAGAAAUAGAGAAAUUAAAAGGCUUAUUAGAUAUGAAAAAUACUGAAAUAGAAACUCUUUUAUUAUAAAAUAAGAGCAUGAGAGCAAAUUUUGAAGAGGAAAUAUAAUAAAUUAGAAAAUCCAAUGAUAAUUUAGAAUAGAAAAUUGUUGAAAAAGAAUAGAAGAUUAUAGUGGAAAAUUAAAAUACUGAAAGAAAUUUAAGAAUUUAUUUUGAAAAAUAAAUGGAGGAUCAAAAAUGUUUAUUGAUUAAUUAAAUUAAAAUUCUUGAAAAUUAAGUCAAUCAUUUUAAAACUUAGAUUUAAGAAUAUGAAGAUUAAUUGAAUGAAUUAUAAAAAAAUAGAUAAGAAUUAUUUUAGAGUAAUGAAUAAGAUUAAGAAAAAGUUUAAAAUAUAAUAAAUAGUUUAAAAAAAGAAGUAUUUUAUAUUUAUUAAUUUAAUAGAUUCUAUAACAAUAAGAAGAGUAUUAAAAUUAAAUCUAGAAAAACUAUUAAGAUUAUGAAUUAUAAAAGUUAGAGUUAAUCAAUUAUAAUAAAUAAUAAUCAACUUUAAUGAUAUAAUUGUAAUAAUAAAUUUAAUGUUUAAAUUAAAUUAUAGAAUUGAAAGAGAAGUAAUAUGAAACAACUUUAAAUUAAUUUAAGUAACUUAGUAGUUAAUCAUAUGUAUUAAUAUUAUUUAAAUUAUAAGGAUAAAUUAAAUGAAGUAUCUAAUGAGAAUGAAUAAAUCAAAUUAUAAUCCUAAUAAUUUAUAGAGGAAUUAGAAGAGUAAAUAGUUAUUUUAAAUGAAUAAAAUAAAGAAAAAGAACAAAAAUUGAUUUCUCUUUAAUCUUCUUUACAGAGAGAAAAACAAAAUGCAGAAAGAUAAAUAACUAACCUAGAACAUCAAAAUAGAUAAAAGGAUUAAAUAAUUGAAUAGUUAAGAAUCUUAAUUUAAACAAAAGAAAUAAAUUUUAAUAAAUUAUAGAAUGAAUUAGAAGAUACUAAAAUUGAUUUAUCAAACUCAUUGGAGGAAGAGAAACAUAAAAGAUAGGAAGAGAUACAGUUUUUUUAAGUUAGUUAGAAUGAGGAAUUAUCAAAUAAAAAAAAAGAGAUGAAUUAAAAAGAAAAUAAUUUGAACUCAGAAUUAGUUCAAUUAAAAAGUGAACUAAAAACUUAGUAAAGUAUAAAUCUAGAAUUGAGCAAAAAGUAUAGUAUGUUUGCUAUAAAAUUAGGUUGGAAUUAUAUGGAUAGUAGAUUGAAUUGGUUGUAGAGAAUUCAAAUGUUAUUAAAUAGUACUAAAUUUUAGCUGAGAUUAAUCUUACAAAUAGGAUUCAAAAUUGA